CCCCAGCUCCGGCUCUGGUCCUUGUGGUGGGUCUUCAACUCAGCCGGUUACUACCUGAUGCUGUACUACGUGCAGAUCCUCUGGAAUGAGAUCUACCCCGCCAUAGACAACCGCCGGGUGUACAACGGAGGGGUGGACGCUGCUUCCACACUGCUGGGGGCUGGUGCCUCCUUUGCUGCCGGCUACAUGAAGAUCCGCUGGACGCUGUGGUCGGAGCUGGUGAUCGGGGUGGUGACGGCUUUCCAGGCAGGACUGCUCCUGCUCAUGAACACCACCAGCAAUAUCUGGCUGUGCUACGCUGCCUACGUCCUCUUCCGUGGCUCCCACCAGUUCCUGGUGCCCAUCGCCAUUUUCCAGAUCGCUACCUCCCUCUCCAAAGAGCUCUGCGCACUGGUUUUCGGGGUCAACACCUUCUUCGCCACCGUGCUGAAGACCAUCAUCACCAUCAUUGUGGCUGACAAGAGGGGCUUGGGCUUGUCUGUGCAUCCCCAG